CUUUGGAGGAUAUUUGGCACCGAUUGCUUUUGAGGAAAGGAUAAUUCCUACACGGUAGAACUAAAGAGAAAUGAUAUUUGCUGCAACUUGCGUACGAAAUCAGGUACACGAGUUCAGUCGCGCGAGUCUUUUUUCUAAGGGAAACAUCUGUGGAAAAACCGCGUUUCGGCGACACGUGUUUCUCCGUGCGAGCGCCGAUUCCGUGGAGGUGAAUCCACCUUCCUCGCGACGUGAGAAUCGAAGUGAUGGUCGCCCCGUUUACAGUCCGAAUUCUUACCAAGAUAUUUGUCACCACGCCUACCAAUGUGUCGUUGACGGACUCACUGACGGGUACAGUCUUAUGGAGGUGGAGUUUCCAUCCGUGCCAGGAGAAGAUGCUAACUACAAAGCCGCCUCAGAUGUUUAUAUCGAUCUAAACAUUCAGUAUGCUCUUACCAUUUUUAGCGAAGUUUAUAAGGAGACAGGGAAGACCUGUGAAAUUCUUUUACCCGAUGGAACUGAGUACCGACGAGCAAAAAAUGUCUUCUCCAACAUGUUAGAGUUAUCUGAAGGUUGCACGCUCAAUACCCUUGACGGGAAAAAAACGGAAAACGUAAGUACUUUCUUUGAGAAUCUGGUUGAAGGGGCAGGUCUUCGGACACGAGCUGCAGAGGAAGAUUUGAACCUAGAGCACCACGCCGAUAUUUUCGCCAUAGUGAACCUGUCGACCAUAGAUUUGCCCGCUGCCGAACAAUUUUGCAUUACAAAAACCUGUGGAAAACCUUUAGUAUUCCUUAACAACGAACUUGAUACGCUCCGAGCUGAUCUUGGUCUUUUCUCUUUUCCAGAUAAAGAUACCCAUUACCGUUUUCUAUCCAAAAUAAAGCCGAUUUAUUACCUUCGACCACGGGCCUACUCCCGCACUAUCAGUGUCUCGCCUUUUGUUCUAAAUUAUUCUGGUGCUCUUUUCAGAGAAUACCCUGCACCUUGGCAGGUGAUGAUCAAGCAAAACACAGGGGAACUGGUAUGCGUGGCAGAGGAUGAAGACAGGUUCACUUUGGGAGAAGCGAAGGAGGAGAUGCUCGUUGCCCUUGGUUUGGCUGACGAAGAUGGGUCCGCCAUGAAAUUUUUGCGCAGUGGAUACAAGACUACAACCUGGUGGGAAGAGGAAGGAACGCGGGAGCAGUCAGACGCUUGGCGAACCUGAAUGAAAGCUAACAUACUUUUUCAUUUGAGGAGAUAUUCAUUUACAUUUCAUUGUCUACCGUGUUGUCUAGUAUAAGUCUUCUUUCACUUCAGCAGCAAGGCGGGAAAACUGUCCACUGUUC